ACUUUAUCAUUUAGUUGCCUGUAGUAAUUGCAGCCGGUUCAUUAAAUAGCUAAAAUAAUAUAGUCAAAAUGUUGUGUGCCAUACUUUUACCUUUACUAAUCCCGGUAGGGCUAGUGAUAUUUUUCAAGAUACUGAAUAAACCAGACAAGCCGGCGUUAUUCGGCGUGUAUCAACAGAAAAAUAAAUUCUUCUAUUUGAAGUUUUUAUUUAUGUACACGGUUUUGAGGUUUAGACAGCUAAAAAAUCACCUCACCCGGCAAUUUGCUGUCGAAGUCGGCAAGAGCUGCGAUGGGACAUUGCACGUUCAUAAACAAGAUGUAGUUCUCGAAAACAAAUAUUAUCUUGGGGAUAACGAACAGGCCAUCGAUGCGGUGUACUUCAAUGGCACGAAGGAGGGUGAUGCAGUGAUUUGUGGUAUUGCGAGAAGGCCUAAGAAUGUUGUGGAUGCUUUCCUAUACUUGAAGGUCAAAGGAGAGGAGCUCCUUCUAUCACCGGAGUUACCCGACACUUACCAAAACCAAGUGACGAUCGAAGAGGGCCUGUACAGAAUAAAGGGCCUUGAAGUUGUCAACUUUAUUCCUAUGCGUACCUGGAAAUUGACUUACAAUGGUGAAAUGAAACCCAGGAACGAUUCGGAGAAGAGGGUAAAAGUAGAAGCUGAACUAACGUGGAGUGCGGUGUUCUCACAUUUCAACUACGACACUCAGAUGUCGCCUAUAGGUUUAGCCCGAGACAUGGCUACUGAAAAAUGGUCGAGGGGUUACUUUAAGUUACUCAAAAAAUUACAUCAAACACAUUACGAACAAAUGGGCGUCAUAGAGGGCACUGUCACCAUCGAUGGCAAAGAACACUCUAUCAACAUACCAUGUGUUAGGGAUCACAGUUUCGGACCGUUCCGUGACUGGCGUACAUUCCACCGUUACGUCUACCAUUUUAUGUUCUUGGAAAAUGGUGACUGCUUAGCCAUUGGCACAGUUUGCCAACCUGCUGUUUUAUCGCAUCUGACUAUCGGAUACCUCUGUCGUCAAUCAGACCAAGCAGUGUUACCAGUACAGUCCAGUGACUUCAAAAUGUACCAACAUGGUGAAAAUCAGAUCCUACCCAAAGAUUACGGAUUUACUUUCGAAGCUGGCCACCAGACAUAUGCAGUAAAAGUACAGGUCGAAGACGAGGAAAUAUUCUACAUCGGCAAGUCCAGGGAGGCUAAGUUCUAUGAGCGAUGGUGUACCGUGGACAUCAACGGUGUUAAAGGCUCCGCUUGUGUAGAAUGGCAUUAUAAUAAUGUUCAGUCUAAUAGAGAAAAGACUGCGUAAUUUAAUAACUUAGCAUGUAUGGGAUAAUGGCAGGAUGAUGAUGUAAUUAAGUUUUUAAUUUUAUUUAUAUAGAAAGAAGUUUUCAAAUUCGAAUUGGUAAGAAAUUCGAAAUUUGAAAAACGUGACGUGUUUUGUUAUUUUUUGAACUGUCAAUGGCACUGUUUAUUGCAUUACUAUGUGUGUGUUAGUAUAGUAAUAACAAUAAAUUGAUGUUUGCGUAA